AUGGAGUUUAUCUUCAUAGACUUGUUCGAGAAAUACUGGGGAACAUGUACACGUCUCCAUGAAUCACUGACGAAUGUCGUGAUCCCAACUUUCGAUAUCAAACGCUUGCAGCCAGUCAUCUUCUCAACUUACCAGCUGAAGAAAACCCCAAGUCUAGAUGUGAUGCUGUCAGAUAUAUGCAUCGGAACAUCAGCGGCGCCAACUUAUCUUCCUUGCCAUACUUUCAGAAACGAAGAUUCUGAAGGGAAUCUAAUUGGAGAGUUCGAUCUCAUUGAUAGCGGGGUGACUGCAAAUAAUCCGACUUUAGUCGCAAUAAAUGAAGUGACACAGGAGAUAAAAGGAGGCAUUAAAACAGGUGGUUUUCUAGUAUUGUCCUUGGGGACAGGCUCACCAAAAUUCAUAGAGAAGUAUGACGGUAAUACAUCGUCUCAUUGGGGUGUUGUCUGGUGGCUGGCGGGUGGUGGCUCGAUUCCACUGAUAGAUGUAUUUACUCAAGCAAGUAGCGGAAUAGCCGACUAUCAUACCUCCACCUUCUUGCAAGCUCUUCAUUUGGAAGGGAAGUACCUUCGAAUUCAGGAUGACACUUUAACAGGAGACGUCGCUUCGAUGGAUCUGGCAACAACAAAAAACUUAGAGGAUCUGGUUCAAGUUGGCAAAGAAUUAUUGCAAAAACCACCGAUGUUGGGCUUGGGCAGACAACCUUUUUCUGAUAGCAGUACCAACGAAAAAGCUCUAGUAAGGUUGGCGAAAAUGCUGUCAGAGGAAAAGAUUAAGAGAGAACACAACAAUAGCCCAGAAGUGCAGAUCAAUGCUUCAGUUUCAAGGAGAACGGGAAUGUAUUUGAGGGCAGUUUCUCGGUCCCUCCCGAACUUGCAGCAAAUCACUACAUAG